AUGGAGGAGGAGUCAAUGUCAGGGCACAGCUGUUCUGAGGACGAUAUCAGUGUUGGGCGACCGUCGCCGGCUCCGUCGCGUUCGCCGUCACCCCAGGACUAUUUCCGGCCUUUGAAACGGUUGAAGAUGGCCUCCGAGCCGGUUGAGGAGAGGCGCGGCGAUGGUGUGAAAAGUUUUUCGAUUCUGGACAUUUUGUCGCACAGUCCGCGGACUCCGCCGCGUAUUGUCAGGCCGUGGGAUGCGUCGGGGUUCGAGCGCUUGCAGCGGUUGCAGCGUUUAGCUGGCGCGGCUUUGCUGGACGGAGAGAGAUGGCGUUUGGCAGCGCUAGGUCUUUUACGACCGAGGGAAUUGCCAGCUGAAUGCUGCGAUUCAGUGUCGGAAAGGUCUUCUUCAGCGUCUGAUUGCUGUUCGGAGCCCCGGCGGCCUCCGCAGCAGGGUUCAGCUGCCCAUACGCCUCUAGAUGCGCUAUUCCACAUGACCAGCAAAACAUUUGAAGCAAACAGUCCUGACAAUGGAGGUAAGUCAUUGAAAUAUUUUAUUCGCAUUUAA